UCGCUUAGUAAAACGGACGAAAGGGCGUACGUACUGUACACGAUUUUACAGGGGAGAGGGAGGGGGACUGAGGAAAGCGGCUAGCACCACUCGUGGGGUUAAAACCCCAAGGACAGGUCCAGCGGCGGCAGCGGCCAGAGCCAGAGCAAGCAAGCGGCCAGAGGAGGAGGGAGCGAGCAAGCCGAGCCCAAGAAAGCGAAGCCGGGCCGAGGCAAGCAAGCAGCCAGCUGUGACCGCAGCUCCGAAGCAAGCGAGCAAAGGAGGCGGCGAGCAUGCCCCUCUCCGGCGGCGGCGGCGCUCGGAUCUGCCGGGGGGCGGCGGCCGGCGCGCGGCGUUAGGCCGUCGGGAGCUCGCGGCCGCGAGAUCCGACGGGGCGGCUCCUCGGAUCGACUGUCUCCCGGCUCCGGCGGCCGUGACGGCGGCGCCCCCGCGCAUUCCGGCGGCCGGGGAUCGGGGUUUUCUGCCGUCCUCGGAGGCGGCAACUUGGGCGCAACGCCCGCGGUGAUUUCCCGGGGAGGAAGGAUCAGGAAGCGUGACUGCGCACGGCAAAAGGGGCUCUCGGCUCCCUUCCAUUCCAUCCCAUUCCGUUCCGUUCCAUUCCCUGGCGAGUGAGUUGGCGAGGAGGAGGAGGAGGAGGAGCCGGGAAAGCGACGGGUUUAUUAGGGAAGGCGCUGUAAUUUGGCCUGAAAAGGAGGAAUCUUUCCUCCGCUCUCCCCUUCCUUCCCCCGCCUCCGCCCGCGCACGCUCUUUUAUUGCUGCCUCCCCUUCAUCAGAUCGGUCUCUGAUUGCCCUUUUUCAUCGCAACAAAAAAUGAGGCUCUCGUCGCCGGCGGGCGCCGUCCUCCCGGCCCAGGCGCCGCCGUCGCCGGAAGUUGCUGAGGAGCACAAGUGCCUGAAUUCGGAGCUAUGGCACGCUUGCGCCGGCCCGCUCGUCUCCUUGCCCGCGGUCGGCAGCAGGGUGGUGUACUUCCCACAGGGACACAGCGAGCAGGUAGCCGCGUCGACGAAUAAAGAGAUCGAGUCUCAGAUCCCCAACUAUCCCAAUUUGCCUCCACAGCUUAUCUGCCAGCUGCACAAUGUGACCAUGCAUGCCGAUGCAGAGACGGACGAGGUCUAUGCGCAGAUGACCUUGCAACCGCUUAACCCGCAAGAGCUGAAGGAUCCGUAUCUACCUGCUGAAUUAGGUACUGCAAACAAACAGCCAACGAAUUAUUUUUGCAAAACAUUAACUGCGAGUGACACAAGCACGCAUGGCGGCUUCUCUGUUCCCCGGCGAGCAGCUGAGAAAGUGUUUCCUCCGCUGGAUUUCACUAUGCAGCCUCCAGCACAGGAGUUGUUUGCAAAAGAUCUUCAUGGCAAUGAGUGGAAAUUCCGUCACAUCUUUCGCGGUCAGCCAAAGCGGCAUCUUCUCACUACAGGCUGGAGUGUCUUUGUAAGUGCAAAGAGACUUGUCGCUGGGGACUCUGUCCUAUUUAUCUGGAAUGACAACAAUCAGCUUCUUCUGGGAAUUCGCCGGGCAACUCGGCCACAAACUGUCAUGCCAUCUUCUGUCCUAUCUAGCGAUAGCAUGCACAUUGGUCUUCUUGCUGCAGCUGCUCAUGCUGCUUCAACAAAUAGCCGGUUUACAAUCUUUUAUAACCCAAGAGCCAGUCCUUGCGAGUUUGUUAUACCACUUGCCAAGUAUGUAAAAGCCGUGUAUCAUACCCGUAUAUCGGUGGGGAUGCGUUUCAGGAUGCUUUUUGAGACAGAAGAGUCAAGUGUUAGGAGAUACAUGGGGACAAUUACAGGAAUUAGUGAUCUCGAUGAUGUUCGUUGGCCAAACUCACAUUGGCGCUCUGUAAAGGUUGGCUGGGAUGAAUCAACUGCUGGAGAGAGGCAGCCAAGGGUGUCACUUUGGGAGAUUGAACCCCUGACAACUUUCCCGAUGUAUCCUACUCCUUUUCCUCUUAGACUGAAGCGACCUUGGCCAACAGGCUUGCCUUCUCUGCAUGGUGGUAAGGAUGAUGACUUGACUUCCUCGCUCAUGUGGCUUCGAGAUAGUGCAAACCCUGGUUUCCAGUCGCUGAAUUUCGGUGGUGCUGGCAUGAAUCCCUGGAUGCAGCCAAGGCUGGAUGCGUCGUUACUUGGCCUACAACCUGACAUUUACCAAACGAUGGCUGCGGCUGCAUUCCAGGACCCAACAAAGAUGUCACCCACGAUGUUGCAGUUCCAGCAGCCACAGAACAUGGUUGGUAGGGCUACGCCGCUUCUGCAAAGUCAGAUUUUGCAGCAAAUGCAACCUCAGUUUCAGCAGCAGUCAUACCUUCAAAACAUGAAUGGCACCACGAUCCAAGGCCAGGCUCAGUCUGAGUUCCUUCAACAGCAGCUCCAACGGUGCCAGUCCUUCAAUGAGCAGAAGCCACAGCUUCUCCAACAACAAGAAUCAAAUCAGCAGCAAUCGCAGGGUAUGCAAGUCCCUCAACAUCAGCAUAUGCAACAACAGAAGAAUAUGGCAAACUACCAGUCAGCAUAUUCUCAACUCUCCCCAGGUCCUCAGUCUUCACCUACAGCACUGCAAACGGCCUUACCGUUUUCGCAGUCUCAGAGCUUUUCGGACACGAAUAUGAGCUCAUUGUCCCCAUCCGGCGCCCCCGCCAUGCAUAAUACCUUGGGGCCAUUCUCAUCAGAAACAGCUUCACACCGGAGUAUGUCAAGGCCUACCGCGGUACCUGUCCCUGACUCAUGGUCGUCAAAGCGAGUUGCAGUGGAGUCUCUGAUUCCUUCUCGUCCUCAGUCCACCACGCACAUGGAACAGCUAUCCUCAACACCACCUAGCAUACCUCAAAGCUCUGCAUUGGCGCCACUUCCUGGAAGAGGUUGCUUGGUGGAUCAAGAUGGGAGCUCUGAUCCUCAGAAUCAUCUUCUGUUCGGCGUUAAUAUAGACUCACACUCACUUCUGAUGCAAGGAGGUCUUCAUGACGAGAAUGAUUCGACGGCAAUUCCCUAUUCCACUUCCAAUUUUCUGAGCCCUUCUCAACAUGAUUUCUCCUUGGAUCAGACACUAAAUAGUUCAGGAUGCUUGGAUGAGUCGGGAUAUGUGCCAUGUUCACACACUCCUGAUCAAGUCAAUCAACCACCUGCAACCUUUGUGAAGGUUUACAAAUCUGGAACCUACGGAAGGUCGCUUGAUAUCACCAAGUUUAGCAACUAUCAUGAACUACGUAGGGAACUGGGGCGCCUAUUUGGCCUUGAGGGCCAGUUGGAAGACCCUAUGAGAUCAGGCUGGCAGCUUGUAUUCGUCGACCGGGAGGAGGAUGUCCUUCUGGUUGGCGACGACCCUUGGCAGGAAUUCGUGAACAGUGUGUCCUGCAUAAAGAUCCUGUCCCCGCAGGAGGUGCAGCAGAUGGGCAAGCAGGGCCUGGAGCUCCUGAGCUCGGCCCCCGGGAAGAGGCUAGGCGGUGGUGGUGGCGGUAGCAGCUGCGACGACUAUGCGAGCAGGCAGGAGUCAAGGAGCCUGAGCACCGGGAUCGCGUCGGUCGGCUCGGUCGAGGUCGAGUUCUGAAGAGAGCAAAGGCCCUCGCUUAAUGCUGUAGCUUCGCCGCGUAUGUUUCUGCAGCCUUUUUUCCUUUCUCUCCUAGUUUUCGAGACCCGGAACUGGAAAGCAAGCACAUAGACCAUUCGUACUAGCUCUUUAAGUCAUGUACUACCGCCUAAUAAUCAUGCCAUGUGAUGAUAUCAUGUUGAGAAGAA